GAAGCAGGAGCCGAGUUUGAUUCUCGGGAUUCGGAUGUUCACAACAAUGAAUCGAUUGUUUUUUAUAUUGAUCUGCUUGUCUGUAGUUGUUGGACAAAAAUAUAAGCCUAACUGGGAGUCCCUGGAAUCGAGACCUCUUCCACCGUGGUUUGAUGAUUCUAAAAUCGGCCUUUUAAUAACCUGGGGCGUGUAUUCAGUCCCUAGCAUCUAUACAGAAUGGUUCUGGUAUGCAUGGAAAACGGAGAAGAUACCAGAAGUUGUCGAUUUUAUGAAUAAAUUUUAUCCACCAGAUUUUACGUAUGCAGAUUUUGCUCCAAUGUUUACUGCCGAAUUUUACAAUCCUGAUCAGUGGGCUGAUAUAUUUAAAGCUUCUGGGGCCAAGUAUGUUGUACUGAUAACAAAACAACCUGAGGGCUUCUGCAACUGGCCAUCAAAGCAAGCAUUUAAUUGGAAUUCUAUGGAUGUUGGGCCAAACAGGGAUCUCGUAGGUGAGUUAGAGAGAUCAAUAAGGAACAGGACAGACAUACACUUUGGUUUGUACUACUGCCUGCUGGAAUGGUAUCAUCCUCUGUACCUCAAGGACAAAGCUAACGGCUUCAGGACCCAGUCUUUUGUUGAGUCAAAAGUGAUGCCAGAAUUACAUGACAUAGUGAAUCGAUACAAGCCAGAUAUUGUUUGGUCAGAUGGAAAUUGGGAGGCUGAUGAUCAGUAUUGGAAUGCUACUAACUUCCUGGCCUGGCUUUAUAAUGAGAGUCCAGUGAAGGAUAAAGUUGUUGUCAAUGACAGAUGGGGGAACAACACACAGUGUAAACAUGGGGGAUUUUUUGAUUGUGAUGAUAAGUAUGAUCCAGGUAAAUUGCAGAAGAGGAAGUGGGAAGAAGCCAGAGAAAUGGACAAGUAUUCCUGGGGUUUCCGACGCAGGGCCAGGAUUGAUGAUUAUUUAUCUAUAAACCAGCUGCUUACUUACCUGGCCAGGACUGUAAGUUGUGGGGGAAACUUCCUGCUCAACGUUGGUCCCACUAAGGACGGUGUAAUCCCUCCCGUUCAGGAGGAGAGACUCAGACAGAUGGGUGCCUGGCUGUCUAUCAAUGGAGAGGCUAUAUAUGGAUCAGAGCCCUGGUCACACCAGAAUGAUACUAUUGCAGAGAAUCUAUGGUACACUGCUAAAUACCUCAAUGGACGAGUAUUUGUAUAUGCCAUUAUGCUUGAUUGGCCAAAAACAAACACUCUGGUUUUAGGAGCACCAGUUCCUUCCCCAAGCACUACAGUGAGCAUGCUCGGUUACCAGGGUAACUUUACAUGGAAAGCGCACCCUGGUGGUGGAAUGGAGAUCCAGUUCCCAGUUAUACCUAUAAAUCAAAUGCCUAAUUUGGAUGCCUGGACAUUAAAAAUUACGGGUUUAACUGGCUGAAUGAAAAAUUGAUUUCAACUAUAAAAAAAUACUCCACAAACUGUGAUACUGAAUUUAUUUAUCUUUUUUAUAUCUUCUAAACAUUCCAGAAUUUUCUGCGAGAUAUUGUGAAAUGCAUGUGAAAUGAAAAUGUAGUUCAAAAUGUAGAGAAUACCUGAUUAUAGAAAAAACUUGAUUUUGAUGAUGCAAUUUUCUACUCUUUAUGUUGGAAUAUAAAAAAAGUGUUAAAAGUGAAAUAUUAUUUUAGAUGUUACAAAGUUUAAGCAAUUUCAUUGUACCUAAAUACAAUUGUUUUUAUACACUUUAUUGUUUUUCUUUACAAAGGAAAUUCCAGUAGCAAUGGUUUCAAAAGUGGGAAGGGGGGAAAUUUAAAAAAAAAAUCUUACAAGCAAAAAAAAAGGCCCAAACUAACUAAAAAGUGAGGGGGCCAACCAGUAUAUAAAGGAAAAUUUACUAUAGCAAAAUACUAUACUCAGAAAAAGUGCCCCCCCCCUCCCCUCCCGGCGUUCUGGGUGUUGCAGUCAUUUUACAAAUUUAAUGUAUCAUGAGCUAACUAUUUUCUUCAAUGUUCUUAUUUUAAGUCAAAAUGUCUAAUAUGCAUACAUGUUUAUUUAUAUUUUUAAAUAUAAAUAUUUAUUGAAAUCCAAAACGGAAAUGUGGGUAGAAGCAUGUAUAUUUAACUUCAUAUUUUUUUUAAGUCUUAAUACAGUAUUCAUUGUAUUGUUCAGGAAAUCAU